AUGUACAUGAUGACAAUGGUUGUACGUUAUUCAUCUUUUCUCAUAGUCUUUGUAUUUCUUCAAAACAUUUCUUUCUCAAAAGCUCUUAAAAGCAGUUUCAGUGUGGAGAUGAUCCACCGUGAUUCACCAAAAUCACCAUUUUAUCGUCCCACGGAAACUCAUUUCCAACGAGUUGAAAAUGCCAUUCUUCGUUCCAUCCAUCGUGCUAAUUACUUCAACCUAGACUCAAACGAUGUUGAGGGCACUAUAACACCAGUUUCAGGAGAAUUCCUGCUGAACUAUUCAGUUGGAACUCCACCAGUCCAAAUCCUUGGUAUAGUUGAUACUGGUGCAAGCUUUAUUUGGAUGCAAUGUCAACCUUGUGAAAACUGUUACAAACAAGACAGGCCCAUAUUUGAUCCUUCAACUUCAAGGACAUACAGUAGUAUCCCUUGUGUUGCUGCUGAAUGUCUGAGUGGGCCAAAUUCUUUUUGCAAUUUUAACAAUAGAAAACACUGUGCAUAUAAAGCUACCUACGGUGAUGGAUCAUUUUCAGAAGGAGAUUUCAGUUGGGACACCAUUACUCUAACUUCCAGUACUAAAAAUGUUCCUGUAGCAUUUCCCCAAACUGUGAUUGGAUGUGGACACAAUAACGUUGGAAUCUUUGGUAAGCAAAGCUCUGGCAUAGUUGGCAUUGGAAACGGACCUCUCUCACUUGCAAAUCAGUUAAAACCUAAAACAGGUGGAACGUUUUCCUAUUGUUUGACGCCAAUGUAUGAAGGAGAUGCAAAACCUAGUUAUCUCCAUUUUGGAGAUCUUGGUGAGGUUGUUGAAGGUGCCGUUUCAACCCCUUUAAUCAUAAACAAAGUACGGCCAUCCAUGUACUUCGUGGUGAUGGAAGCAAUCAGUGUGGGAAGCAAGAGAAUAGAGUUUCCCGGAAAUGUUGAAUAUGGAAACAUCUUUAUUGACUCAGGGGCAACGAUGACUUAUUUGCCAGAUGAGGUUUACUCAAGUUUGGAAAGAGAAAUGGUAAAUGCAGUUAAUUUACCUCGUACUAAUAGCCCACUAAAAGGUUUGAAGUUGUGCUACGAAAUUACAGCUGGUGAAGAAUAUCAUAUACCAACAGUGUUUGCACAUUUUAAAGGUGGUGGAGCUGUGAAAUUGUAUUCUAUAAACACCUUUCUCAAGGUCAGGGAAACUGUCAUAUGUUUGGCUUUCCGUUCAGGUUUUCAAGCCAUUUUUGGGAAUUUGGCACAGCAGGACAUCUUGGUUAGCUAUGACACACAACAAAACACAGUCACCUUUCUCAACACAGAUUGUACCUCCGAGUUAUAG